ACGAUCGGGUGAAACGACAAUUCCUAUUGGACAAAGAAUAACUUUCGUCCAAUUAAAACCUUCAUAUCAGAAUAUUAAUUCAAGAUGGCAGCCUCCAUGUGCAAAAACGUGACCAUGUUGACAGCACCUAGAUAUUAUUGUUUCAAGCACAUCUUGUCUCGUCAGGAAAUGAGACUGUUAUUACAAAGGGUCUUGUCUACUCUCCAUGAAGAAAGACCUGAAUCCAAAGAUGGCAAAACUAGCUGGUCUUUGGAUACCCAGGCUUCAAAUCCACGCCGUCAUGCUGGAGUCCGACAGCUGAAAGCCAUCAAACUGCCUGAAGAACUUUCAAAAAAUAUUGCAUCUGUCAUAGAAGGUCAGACCGGUCGUAACCUUAUCCCUGAAGCAACCAAACUGUCUAACUACCUGAGCAGUCGUAAGAGACCUGUAGAAGAAUCUGAAUUGAGGGCAGCAGCUAGGCACUUCUCCGAGGACAUUGGAUUAGAAGACUUUGAAGCUGAUGAUGUCAACAGCCAGUCAUUUCCUCCAGAGAGCAAAAGAAAGAUGCAACAUGUGGUGAGAAACCUGAGAAAGAACCUCUAUAAAUGGCAGUCAAUUAAUUAUGAUGAUGUAAAGAGCUUAGCAUACAUGCUUGCAAGGAUGCCACCUAACUAUGCUGUAUUGUACAGAGUUCUAAAUGAGAUCAAACAAGGAGAUCCAGAAUACCGUCCUUCAACCAUCCUUGAUUUUGGAUCUGGGCUUGGAACCACAACCUGGGCAGCUCACAGUGUAUGGGGUGAUGCAGUCAAAGAGUAUUACAUGGUCGAGGUUGCCAAGGCAAUGCAUCAACUCUCAGAGAGAUUACUGCGGGUAGAGCCAGGCAAGGAGGAGCUCCUCAUUCCCAAUGUCUACUUCAGGUUCUUCAUGCCAGUCUCUCUCAGGGCAAGAUACAGCAUGACAGUGUCGGCAUACUCCCUGCUAGAGCUGCCUUCGUUCCAAGACAGGGUCAAAUCUGUACGGUCGCUAUGGAGACUAACCGAUGACUAUCUCGUCCUGAUAGAGAACGGCAGCUAUGAGAGCUACCUGGCUCUCAUGGAAGCGAGGGAUGCUAUACUCAUGGAGAGCCAGGAUCAGUCUGAAGACAGCUCUAAUGCAGAAGAACUGGAGAAUAGGUUUCCUGACAGACUCAAACCUCAGAUUGACAGACAAGGUGGUCAUGUAUUUGCACCAUGCCCUCAUGACCAGCCGUGCCCUAGACUACAGGAUGGCAGUGGUAUACCCUGUAACUUUGAGCAAUCCUAUCAUCCUCUGACUCAGUUUAUUGGGAAAAGGUCAUCUAUGGUCAGCACAGAGAGAUUCACAUACAUGGUGCUCAAGAAGGGUUCCAGAACUAACAAACACAGUUGGCCCAGAGUUGUUAAACCAGUGCUCAAGAAGUCCCGUCAUAUAAUAUGUCGUCUCUGCUGCGAUGAUGGGAGUCUCAGAGAGGCUGUGUUCACCAAAGCCAAGCACAGCAAAGACAUGUAUCGGUGUGCUAAAUAUACCAACUGGGGUGAUAUGCUACCAGCUAAACAGAAUGAGAUCGCUGACACAGAUAGAGAUGGCUGAAUAUGACUCUAUGACUAAUAAUCAGCAACCAAUGGAACAGAGUCAGACUGUUGGGAAAUAUGCCUGCUAGCAUGACAUAGGUGAAUGGUCUGGCUACAGUUGAUAACUUUCUUCAAAUGCAGCAGUUUGACUAUGCCAGCUGGUAUGAAGUAUAGUGAU